AUGCGGUGGAUUGCCAUUUUCUAUCACCUGCUACUAUUGCCUUUACUUCACUGUAGUUACUUUUCUAAGCCUAUAAUCGACAAUUUACGUGUCCAAGGAUUUGUAACCUGUUCUAAUCAAUCACUUUCGGUUAACAUUAGUUUCGAUGAUGGUAGUGUUGAGGUCAUAAAUGGCACUUUCGAAAUUGAUGCAGAAUAUAUUACACAAGAUGUUCCUUUGCUUAUUCAGCAUAAUUGUACUCAGAAGUUUGAUGAGAUUAGGGUGGGUUUUUGAAUGGUUUUCUUUCCACAGAAUAUAUUGUAGUAGGUAUCAGGUAGUGCCGAAUGAGUGAAAAAUUUUAGGGAACCCUGCCUCCCCCCCCUGCCCAAACAAGUGUUUUAAAGAAAAAUUAUAUUAUGAAGAAAAAUCUCCCCCUCCUACUUUUCUCUAGAGUAAAAUCACAAGCCCAGGCAUUGUCUAUACCUACUACAAUAUAAUUUUCCAAAUUUCAGUACGAACGAUUACCCUACCCUAUUCUACCUUACUCUACCCAUCCUACCUAUCUUAACGUAUCCCCUACUUUACCCACCCCCUCCCCCUUCUACUUUUCUCAAAAUGACUCUUCCAUUCACCUAUACCUACUAUAAUAUACCUUCUCCAAAUUUCAGUACGAACGAGUGAACGCUGGCUGCAUAAUAACUCGCAGACUGCAUUUGUACCGCUUCACACCGUCAUUCACUACAACUAAUCAGACGACCGUUGUGAGUUAUAAACUGGGAGAGAUACGCCUUGAUGAAUACGACCCGUCGGAGAGCUUUUGUAUGAUCGACAAAGGCAUUCAAGCUGACACAAUCUUCCACAUUAUCGACGGAAUACCCGUGAAUUCGACGGAUCGAUUGUUUGAGGACUGA